UGCUGCUCGGCCAGAAAAAGAAAAGAAUAACAUCGUGGAUGUGAUACAGGCGGCCAUAAAGCAUCAAAAAACGACAUUAAAACGGAUAGCGAGUUCUCCUAAAAGGUCAACGACGGCAUUAUUCUUUUGCUGAAAAGCCAGGAGGAAGCCUAGUUGCUGUGCUUGCGAGGCCAUGGCUGCAGCAGCGAUGUGGGACGAGCAGCAGGCGUACGAGGAGCUGCUGUACUGGGACAGCCUGAUCCAGCAGGGCCACCGCCUCCUGCCGGAGGACUUCGACAGAUAUGAGGACCUGCGUUACUGGUAUGACUGCCUGUGUUACGAGGAGGAGCUGAGACAGUACCACGAUUACAUCGCCUCUAUUGAGGAUAUGCAAGACAAACAUCAUAUUGAGGAGCCCGUUGCCCCUCAGAAGUACACAGGUGCCCAUGAUCGGAUUGUAAUGGCCAAACACUCUGAAGUGUACCCUUCAGCAGAGGAACUUGAGGCGGUGCAGACCAUAGUUUCCCAUGUGGAGUGUGCCCUCAAGACGGUGUCUGACCAGAUGGAUACUCCUAAAGAUGGAAAUGAAGAUAGCGAAUCAGGGAGUAGUGAUGUGAAAGAGCGCGUCCUCCGUGGAGUCAUGAGGGUCGGCCUGGUGGCCAAAGGCCUUAUAUUGAAAGGAGACCCGAACUUGGAGUUGGUGCUGCUUUGUUCCAACAAGCCUACGAUCUUUCUGCUUCAACAAGUGGCUGACAAGUUAACUGAACAGUUAGAGUCAAUUUCUCCUGGAGGCUAUACCGCAAGCCAGUGUCCAGAGGAUGCAACCAUUAUCGUGAAAAGCAACAAGGAGUCUGUCCCAUCUCUCGUCAUUCACCUGACAUCACCUCUUGUCAGGACAGAAGAAAUGAGUAAAGCUGCAGAGGAGGAAGAAACGCAAACGAUCAACGAUCCGCCGGACGUUCUGGACAGGCAGAAAUGCCUUACUGCCUUGGCGUCUCUCCGCCAUGCGAAGUGGUUCCAGGCCAAAGUCAGUACUCUGAAUACUGUUAUCAUUGUGAUCCGAGUCAUGAGGGAUCUAUGUAACCGUGUUCCUACAUGGAUGCCCCUCUCAGGAUGGCCCCUUGAACUGAUUGUAGAGAAGGCUCUCUGUACAUCUGAAAGACCAAUGGGAGUAGGAGAGUCCCUUCGCCGGGUUUUAGAAUGCAUUGCCUCUGGAAUCCUCCUGGAAGAUGGGCCUGGUAUCAAAGAUCCAUGUGAGAAGGAAGAGGUCGAUGCCAUUGCAGGUCUAACUGUGCAGCAGUGUGAAGACAUCACGCAAAGUGCUCAAUUUGCCUUGAGGCUUUGUGCAUUUGGGCAGAUGUACAAGGUGCUGGGGAUGAACAGCAAAGCGAAUAAACCACGAAAAUAUGUGGCAUUUGCCCGCAAAGAUGGCACGGCCCAGAUAUCACCUCCUGAACACUACAGCCUAGCAACAAAAAGAUCUUACUCUGAGGUUUAUAAAGAAGAGGAAGAACCUCAUCUCAACAGCAAACAGAGGAAAUUUCUCAAAUUCCAGAAACGCUUUCAACGGAAAUCAUUCACUGAUGAUCUUAACAUGAAUGCUGUGAUGCGUCUGAACCAGUACAGACCUGGCCUUGAGUACCGACUUACGUCCCAGACUGGGCCAGUCCAUGAGCCAGUCUUUACGAUGGCCGUGGACCUGAACGAAAAGACUUAUGAAGCAACCGGACCCUCGAAAAAAGCUGCCAAACUCAAUGUAGCAAUCAAGGUACUGCAAGAUCUUGGUCUUCCUACAGGCCCUGAAUCUGGUGGUGAGACUGAAGGACCCCAGAAAGCAGUUAAUGCUUCAGAUUCAGCCUCUACAACAUCAGAAGAGACUGGUCAAGGUCCUAUCCUAACGAAAAAUGGGAAAAACCCAGUGAUGGAGUUGAAUGAAAAGCGCCGUAGCCUGAAGUAUGAGCUGUCUUCAGAAACAGGAGGUUCUCAUCAAAAGUGCUUUGUCAUGGAGGUUGAAGUUGAUGGGCAGAAAUUCAAAGGAAGGGGUUCUAACAAGAAGGAAGCGAAGGCCUAUGCUGCCCUGGCUGCUCUGGAGAAGCUGUUCCCGGAGGACAGCGGAAUUCCAGCUGCUGACAAGAAUCCUGUCAAGAAGAAGGUCACCUACACCGACAUGCACAUCCCAGGAUUCGGCACCAUCCGUGGCAUCCCCUCAGACUCCGGGACCCGUGGCGGCAGCUCCAGCCGAGGGGGCAGAGGCCGAGGAAAACCGUUCAACUCGGGACCCAGUUAUAACAAGACCAACUACACUUAUGAGAGCAACACUGGACCAGGUUAUCAUAAAAUCUACGACGAUACAAAUAGUGCCACAGGCAAAGGCGCCAGUGGAUCAAGCAGCAACGCUGGUUAUGGCACCUUUUACCCUGAGAGCAGUUCCACCUACUCCUCCCCACCUGAUUCAAGUUCCAGUACUACAAAGGCACAAAACUACCACACAAUGCCUCCUCCUGUUGAUCAGGAAAGCCCCUACAGCUACGGGUAUGGAGAUGAGAAGAAGAAGAUGCUGACCCAAGGUCAGAGUGACGGUCAGGGAGGAGGAGGCUACUCCAUGUACAGUACAGCUUACCCCAGUUCUGUGACAGGAGGGCAAGGGUAUAAUAACUAUGGCUGGGGGAACCAAUCGUCCUGGGGGAACCAGCAGGGAUACGACUCAAACCAGGGCUUUGGAGGACAAAGCCAGGGCUCCUACUCCGGAUACAACAAUAUGAAUUACUGAUGCUCUCCCCUCACACAACUGUAUUUUAAGUCUGAAAUGCUACUUCUGUAAAUUUAAACAAACAAACAUCCAUCCAUCCAUCCAUUUUCUAUUCCCGUUUUAUCCUGUGCAGGGUCACGGGGUCUGCUGGAGCCUCUACCAGCUCAUCGCAGCGAGACGCAGGUCCACCCUGGACAGGUCGCCAGUCCAUCACAGGGCCAACAAACAAACAAAAAAAAGGCAUUCUUUCUGAAACUGGAAUUGUGCUGUUUUGUUACUGUUCCUCUAAGUUUCUUUUUCUUUUUUUUUUUAAACUUGUCAAACAGUUGUCGGCAAAGUGUUUGUUUUAUUUUUCAUCAUCACAUCCUACAUCCUUGUUGUAAGUGUAUUUUUUUUAAAUUGCCUCAUAGAUUCUGUAGCAGAAUUUGAAGUAAGUUUUGAAGUAAAGAUGUAUUCAUGUGUCAUUAAAGAUACUUUAACCUUUCUUUAAAAGUUAAA